AUGGCCGAGUAUGAAACGUGCAUCCUCGAGAUUAAGAUGGCAGUCAACAUGAACAUCAAGGAGCUUCUGGCCAUAGGAAAUUCUGAUCUAUUGAUACAUCAAGUCCAAGGAGAAUUGACUACAAAGAACGUCAAGAUCCUUUCGUACCUACAUUGCGUAAAGGAAUUGUGCAAGAAGUUCAGCAAGAUCGAGUUCAAACACAUUCCCAGAAUCUAUAAUGAAUUUGCCGAUGCUCUCCCAACUUUGUCAUCCAUGAUCCAGCAUCCAGAUAAGAAUUACGUCGAUCAUAUUGAGAUAGAGGUCGGGGAUCAGCAUGCGUACUGCUUCCAUGUAGAUGAAGAGCCGGAUGGUAAGCUGUGGUACUACGACAUCAAGAGGUUUCUAGAAACAAAAGAGUACCCAGAUAAUGCCACCAAUGGUCAGAAACUAGUGCUCAGAAGGCUAGAGAAUCACUUUUUCCUCAACAUGGAAGUCCUAUAUAGGAGAACCCCAGACUUGGGUUUGUUAAGAUGUGUAGAUGCUGCUGAAGUAACCAAAUUUCUAUAA